AUGCUCGCGCUCGCGUUCAACCUGCUGGGCUGGUACAGCUGCAAUUCGUUCUUCAACGUGCUCAACAAGCAGGCGCUGAACCUGUUCCCGUACCCGUGGGUCGUCGCCUGGCUCCAGCUCUUCGCCGGCGUGGCGCUCAUCGCGCCGGCCUGGCUCGCGGGCCUGCGCACGGCGCCCAAGGUCGACGCGCACUUCCUGGGCGCCAACUUCCUGCCCAUGGGCCUGCUGCACAGCACGGGCCACGCGGCGCAGGUCUUCUCCUUCGGCGCGGGCUCGGUGUUCAUGGCGCACGUCAUCAAAGCCUUGGAGCCGAUCAUCGGCACGGUCAUCGGCGUCGUCUUCCUCGGGUCGCGGCCGUCGCUGGCGACGAACGCGUCGCUCGCG